AUGGACGUUAAUGAUACAGAUGAAAUACGUUCUAAUGGUAAAAGUGUGUCAAAUUUAUGGGAACAUAUGACGAAGCAAGAAAAUGGAAAACCACAAUGCAAAAUAUGCAACAAGUUACAAAGUCGGCAAAGUGGUGCAACAAGUGGUUUACGUAAACAUCUAUUUCAAGCUCAC